GAGUUUGAGGUACAGUUGUCUUUCGUCGUCAACACGAUGAGGACUGUCUUAGUUUUGGCGGCCCUUGUGGCCCUUUCACUGGCCGGCACCGUCCCUAAGAAAUUUGUGAAGACAAAACCUGUGGAUAAGGUGACUGUGGAACGCCAGUACAAAAUCUUAGAGCUCUUCGAAGCCAUCAAGCAAGUCAACCCUCACGCCGAAUACUACAAAAUUGGCAAGGAAUAUGACAUUCAAGCCCACGCUGCCAAUUAUGAAAACCAAGCGGUUGAAACAUUCUACCACUACUACAACAAUGGUUACUACAAGAAUCAAUUUAGCUUCACCAUCUUCAACGAGGAGAUGAAGGAAGAAGCUAAGGCUCUCUAUGAUCUCUUCUUCUAUGCUAAGGACUUCGAAACCUUCUACAACACAGCCGCUUGGGCUAGAUUCCACGUGAACAAGAGCUUGUUCGCUUACACCUUCUACAUUGCUGUCAUUCAGCGAAUUGACGCUGCUGGAUUAGUUGUGCCUCCUUUCUACGAAGUUUGGCCCCAGUUCUUCGCCAACACCGAUGUAUUCGAGAAAAUGUACUACACGAAGGCCAAAGGAUUACCCUAUGAGGAGUACCCAGAAUACGGCAUGUAUGUAGAAGGUGACAACUACGUUGUUUACGCUAACUACUCAGACUACACUUACGGAUACGGCAAUGACGAGUUCAAACUGUCGUACUUUACUGAGGACAUUGGCUGGAACACAUACUACAACUACUUCCACUCCGUCUUCCCCUUCUGGCAGAAGAGCGACAACAUCGCUAUGGGACCAUUAAAGGAAAGGCGCGGUGAAAUAUACUACUACUUCUACCAGCAGCUGUUGGCCCGUUACUACCUGGAGAGACUUUCAAAUGGUUUGGGUAAAAUCCCAACAUUCUCAUGGUACCAGCCCUUCAAGUACGGAUACUACCCUCAUAUGGGCUACUACUACUACCCAUUCGUCCAAAGGAGCGACCAGUACAUUAUGCAGACUGAGCAGAACCUGGAUGACUUGAGAUUCGUCCGCAACUACGAAAGCAUGUUCUUGACUUUCCUCGAAAAGGGCAAGUUCGAAGCUUACAAGUACCAAGUCGACUUCCGUAACUCCAAGUCCAUCAACUUCGUCGGAAACUUCUGGCAGACCAACGCCGACCUCUACGAGAAGAUCCCCCACAGCAACUACUACCGCUCAUACGAACAGGCGGCUCGCCGCAUCCUGGGUGGAUCGUCAUGGUCAUACAACAAUACCGUAUUCAAGCCUUCGGCCCUGGACUUCUACCAGACGUCGCUGCGUGACCCAGCCUUCUACCAAAUCUACAACAAGAUCUUCAGCUUCAUUUACAAGUACAAGCAGUAUGUGCCCGCCUACACUCAGGACAAUCUUCAUUACGUUGGCGUUAAAGUCAAGGAUGUCCAAGUUAGCAAGCUGACCACCUUCUUCGACUACUUCAAAUUCAACGCAUCCAACGCCGUCUACUAUUCCGACGCUGAAUUCACCGCUCCUAAGAAAUCAUUCUUGGUUGCUCAGCCACGUCUGAAUCACGAACCCUUCACCUUCAAGAUCACCGUUAAGUCUGACGUUGAAGAAGAAGCUACUUUCAAGAUCUUCGUUGGACCUAAAUACGAUGAGAAGGGCUACCCUAUCAACCUGAAAGACAACUGGUACAACUUUGUUGAAUUAGACUGGUUCAAAUACAAGCUUACAAAGGGCGAGACCGUUGUUGAGCGUAGCUCUGACGACUUCUUCCACUUCAAGGAAGAUUCUUGCUCGAUUCAGCAAAUCUACAACCACUUGGCUAAGGGUGAGCUGCCAUACGACAUGAUGGAGAAGUAUGACGAUCUCCCCAAGAGGCUAAUGCUGCCUAAGGGUACAAAGUCUGGUUUCCCUCUGCAGUUCUUCGUCUUUAUUUACAAGAGCGAGGCCCUUCCUAAGGAAUGGGAGCCGAUUAAGGACUACAUGCUGGAUGACAAGCCUUUUGGUUAUCCAUUCGACCGUCCCGUGCCCUGGUAUUUCGUGCAGCCUAACAUGUACUUCAAGGAUGUUGAGGUCUACCAUGCCAACGAACAAUACCCGUGGUACAACCAUGUAGCUUACAAAAACUGAACUCGAUAAUUUUAUAAUUUAAGUGAUGCCAAAACUACAACUAAAUAAAUUAAGUUAAUUACAAAUAAUUA